GCGGGGCGGGGGCGGGGCGCGGCGCAGGGUAAGCGAGCCUAGAGCAGGGGAGGGAAGGGAGGGCCGGGAGCCGAGAGCCCCGCGCUCCGGAAGUGAAGCGGCCAGACCACCCGCUAAUGGAUGCGGAGCCCAGGGCCUACUGACCGCUCUCCGCGCCAGGGUAGAUCUCGCCUUUGGAAGAAGCAGCCAGCCAAAGGGCAGCUUGGCGUUGGCCGGAGCUACGAAAGACCCAGACACACCAUUGUGUGGAGUUGGGUACCAUCUUCCUUUUCUAGAAGCUGACUAAAUAAGCUCGUGACUCUCACGGAACAACUGGAACACAUACACAGGUAUCUAGCUACAACUGAUUCUGUUCUUCACGUGGGGAAAAUCUCCAGUCCUUUCCACAGCUGGGGCUCAGACAUUAUUGGCAUGCCUGAUGAGCAAAUGGUGGGGAAGCCAGAUUGCAGAAGGGUCCCCAAGAGAAAAAAGUCACUCUAAGCAAAGAAGAGGUCUGACAGAGUGGGGCAGAUGCAAAUCCAAUGUGGGACAGAACCCCUGGUUUACCUCCACUUCCAUCCUGAACCAAAGCGCGAUGCUUCCCGGGAAGGAGAGGGCUGUGUGUGUGGUAAAACUGACCAUUGUUUCGCUAGGAGUCCAAGCCACCCUGCUGGGACACUUCUCUCCGGGAGCUUUGGGUGCCGGAGUGGAGGCCUUUCCCCGUGACUAGCAGAGGAGAGGUGAGGCGAGGCGGCAAAGACAGGGAGAGCAGCAGAAGCAGCUCUUGCAGGUGCCUCGGGCAGUCGGAGAAGGGUCAACACCACCACGUGGCUGCUAGCACUGGGGAGAGAGCAGCAGCAGCCCCCGGCCUGCAGAGCCACUCACAGGCAGUGGCGCGGUCAUCACCGACAUACCAACCAGCCACCUUGGGUCAGGGCUAGAGACCUAACUGGAAGUGCUGAGUUCUUGCCCCUGGGCAAGGAAGGGUUAUUGGUCCAGAAGACUUUGAGACUGCUGUGGGAGUGGCCUGGGACCCCUUUACGGGUGGAGUAGAAGUUCAGGAGCUCACCCAGGAUAUUCUGAGUCCUAAGGCAGCGUCUGUCUGCACCACGGACUAACUGGUAGCCGUAGAGUUAGAAUGAGCGACUACUCGGACGAUGGCGCUGGCAUUGUUGGAGGGCUGGUGCAGAAUCAUGAGUGUGGAUGAACAGAAAUCCUUGAUGGUUAUGGGGAUACCAGUGGACUGUGAUGAGGCUGAGAUUCGGGAGGUUCUCCAGGAGACUUUGAAGGCUCUUGGCAGGUAUAGACUGCUUGGCAAAAUAUUCAGGAAGCAGGAGAAUGACAAUGCGGUCUUAUUAGAGCUUCUGGAGAACAUUGAUGUCUCGCUGAUCCCCAGUGAGGUUCGGGGAAAGGGGGGGAUCUGGAAAGUGAUCUUUAAGACCCCUAAUCAGGACACCAAGUUUCUUGAACGACUGAACCUCUUUCUGGAAAAAGAGGGGCAGACGGUCUCGGGGAUGUUCCGAGCCCUCGGGCAUGAGGGAGUGUCUCCGGCCACGGUGCCCUGGGUAUCCCCGGAGUUACUGGCUCACUGGUUGGGACAGGCAAUAACACAUGCCCCGCAGCCUCUGCUGCCCAUGAGAUACCGGAAACUGAGAGUGUUCUCAGGGAGUGCCGUGCCCGCCCCUGAGGAAGAGCCCUUUGAAAUCUGGUUGGAACAAGCCACUGAGAUUGUCAAAGAGUGGCCAGUCACAGAGGCAGAAAAGAAAAGGUGGUUGAUGGAAAGCCUGCGGGGCCCCGCCCUGGACCUCAUGCAUAUAGUGCAGGCAGACAACGCUGCUAUCAGCGUGGAAGAGUGCUUGGAGGCGUUUAAGCAAGUGUUUGGAAGCCUGGAGAGCCGCAGGACCUCCCAGGUGAAGUACCUGAAGACCUAUCAGGAAGAGGGGGAGAAGGUCUCAGCCUACGCGCUACGGUUGGAAACACUGCUCCGGCGAGCAGUGGAGAAACGAGCCAUCCCCAGGAAUAUCGCAGAUCAGGUCCGUCUGGAGCAGGUGAUGGCGGGGGCCAGCCUUAGCGAGGUCCUUUGGUGCAGGCUGAGGGAGCUGAAGGAUCAGGGCCCACCUCCCAGCUUUCUUGAGUUAAUGAAGAUAAUCAGGGAGGAAGAGGAGGAAGAGGCCUCUUUUGAAAACGAGAAUACUGAAGAGCCAGAUGAAGGGGAUGGCUAUGGCCACUGGGAUCAUGAGGCAGAUGACUAAAAACCAGCUGAGCCCAGGAGCCCCAGCCAGCGCACCUAGGGACAUUCGCUUUAUCCGGCUGAGACCGCGUGGCUAUUUUUGUCCUUAAAUGUAGGCAAUUGAAAUCGAGGCUUGCCAGGGAGCCAGGUCUUGCUGCUGCUUUCUCAGAAAAAAAUAUCCCAGAGUUUCUUGGACCCUACAUCGAUGAUGAAUUAACACCAGAUUAAAUUCCAAAUAUGAGGUGGGAAGCCUGAAGGAAGCUGAGGCACUUCAGGUCUCCCAAGUAGACCAGAGUUUACCCAUACCAUAAAAGAGAGGAAUGAUGUGAGGGGGGAAAAAGUAUCUUCUGUAAUCUAUUUAAAAAUUUAAGCUCUUGGACUUGUCAGGUGAUUUCCUUUCUCAAAUCAGCACCUUCUCUCUGAGUACCUAGCAGUGUGAGGCGCUGGUCAAGGAGGUAAGGAUCCUAACCUAGGCGCAUGGGCGGUGCUCUGAGGGAGCUUACCGCCUCCUUGAGGAUGUGGCCUCAGCCAGGAAGACACUAAAUAACCUGUGUAAAUAAGUCACCACACCAGUAGAAGCGCCACUGCCAAUGCCGCCACCUCUGCCAUGAUGUUUCUUUUUCUUGACUUGGGAUGCACUUCUCCACUUCUCCGCUAGGUGUCAGGUGGACGGUUCCAGGCACUGUGUUAGGCCCUCAAGACACAGAUGACUCAGCCCAACCCCUGCUUUCAAGAGAUCUACAGUGGGCCAGACACCUUCGAGAAAGUGGACGUUACAGGAAGGCAUGCUAGAGAGGGAGAAUUGGAGUUAGUGAGCAGACCGUUCUGGUCAGAGAAGUCUUUAGUGGCGACAAAGGGAACAGAGGAGAGGAAAGGAGCUUGUAUUUAUUGAGGGUCUGUUAUGUCCCAGGUGUUUUACACAUGCCUCAUUUAAUGUACCCAGCAACCCCAGUAGGGUAUCAUUUUGCCCUUUUUAAAGAGAAGACGAAGCUCCGAUGAGUGAAGUGGACUCCUCAAUAUGGAAACGCUAACAAGUGGCAGAGCUGAGGUAGAAAUCCGAGCUCUCUGACUCUUGCUAAUCCUCCCACCACUAUGAUGGUGAUUUUCAAGUUGUGCUCCACAGUUCUGCAGAGAUUUCUCAGCAGUUCCAUCUUGAAACUCUUCACAUCUCUACUGAGAAGUAGGUAGGUUCAAGUGUGUUGAUAUUCAACUGUUCACACGUUGGCAUUCACCCGCAGGCUCGCUUACGUUUCCAGAUUGACUCAUUUGGUGCAGACCUUGGAAGUAAGGUUCCCUUGUGAUAUCUGAGUGCAUAUCUGGACUUCUCUUAAUUGUUCAAAGAUUAAAGAAGUUAUGGCACCUCACAGGUGUUUAAAUCAUGUCCGUGCAUGCCCUGUGAUGUCAUGUGUGCUCAUGGAGCAUAAAUGAGCACCAUUCAGUUAAAUGCUAGUUAAUAUAUAGCAUCAUGGUAGCUUUUUGUAUACAACAAACUUCUCUAAACAUCAGUUUCCUCUUUGGGAAAAUGGGAACAUAAUAGAAUCAGGUUGUUGUUAGGCUCCAAUGACGUAAUGCCUUUGAAUCACUUAGCAUGAUGUCUGGAACAUAGAAAGGCUUCAAUACAUCAAGAUUCAUGAUUUUCAUGAUACUUAUUGUAUGUUCAACGCAUGCUCUCUUUAUUGUUCUAACAGUGGUGCAGUAACAAGUAAAUAUAUAAUCUAUGAGUCAAGUUGUAACAACAUUGCAUUAGAAACCAUUUUAGCUCCUCUGGUACGUUUGAGGGCUUGCUGUCUGUUAUCUCUGUGAUAAGUGUGCCAGCAGCUGUUGACUGUUGUCAGUGAUCUGACUAGGAAACAACAAAUUAUUCUUAGUGAUUGUGGAUAAUUUUAAUGGAAGAAUAUCCUGAGAUUGUAAGAAAAGCAUUUUUUAAAAGGUACCAUUUGUGAUCAUUUCUAAGUUAUAAUUUUUCAAUACUGUCCAACCAAAAUGAUACAGUUGUCAUCCAGUACACCCUGAUUUCAUGGGUUUUUUGUAUUCAUGAAAAUGGCCUCAUUGUUCUCAGUUAUUGAUAGUAUACAAAGUAAAAUGUUAUAUACAUGAAGUUAUAAAAUAAAUACAUGCUAA